AUGGACGCUUUGCCCUCAAAUAUUUCGCAAACUAACGACGAUAGCGAUAAAGCAAUACCGUCAAAUCUACCAUCUCCGCAAGUUGAACCUCCUACGCAGCAUCCGACCUCUCAACACGGGGAACAUUCUGAAUUCUCGGAAGGUUUGCGUGUACCGACCGUUGAGACUACGAAUUCGAAGGUUGGCGACGCUUCCGGCACCGGUUCUAAUGCCGAGGAAAACGUUUCUACAACAAAAGAUGUCGCCGAUGCGGCGGGUGUUGCAGCUGAACAUAUUGCACCAGCGUCUGUGAAAGAAGAUGGCGAUCAAGCCUCACUCGAUGUUCAGACACCAUCUUUCAACCAGGACGCAAUCCGUUCGAACGUAAAAGAUAUCCUACCCUCGGACGAUAACGCAUCUGCCGCUGCUACGAAUACGGAAGGGUUUUUUGUUAACGACGGCUCUGCGAUACAACCAAAUGAACCGUUUUCUUCUAGCAACCCUGUCGAAACGUCUCAGGAAGCGAAAGAUAAGUUUCCAUCUGACCAAGAGGAGGAAACGGGUGUCUUGAUCGUCGAUCAGACCGACAUAGAAAAGGAAGAUGGCUCUGGCGACGCCUCUACUUUACCUGAAAAGGAGCUUGAAGAGGGGAAAGCUGGAGAUCUUUCCAAUGCAGAGCACCCUCGA